CUGUAAUGUGAGUGACAGCAACAGCACCAUGUGUGGAGCUCACAAACACAUCACAUCUGCCGCUGUUUUGCUGCUUUGUGCUGUGGGGCUGCUGGGCUUCGAUGGGACCUGUGAAUCCAGCCGGGAGAUAUCCUGCUUUCAAACAGCUGACUACAUGAACUACAUGAACACAUCUCGUUCAGUCAUCUUCUAUAUAUGCCCUGGUAAGAAACUCAACAUCUCCAUGGAACGUCUCCCUGGUGACCCCAUCUGCCAGUGGAGCCGCAGAAUGGACCCGGUACCAAUAGUUAAUGGGAGUCACUUCAUGGUCUUGCCACCACUUUUGGAAAAAGAUUCUGGGGACUACAUACUGAGCUGUGAAAGCCAGACUGGUAGCAGAUCCUUAUUGUUGGUGUCUCUCUUUUUUGAAAUGAGACCCACAGUGCCACAUCUUAAACUGACCAAAGUAAAUGAGCCCGAUAUUUCCCCUGUGUUCCAGUGUACCUCAGAGGGAUGCCCAACACCCACAAUUCAAUGGGCAGGAAACUAUGAGAGGAGAAAGGCCCCUGAACCCAGUGGGAGCACGAUAAGCAGCAGCAGAUAUAGUAAUAAAGCAGUGAUGUGCUGUGCAGCUAAUGCUGAAGGAGAAGGAUGCACCCAGCUGUAUGACUACGAGUUAGGGAACAACAUUUUGACAAACAAUGAGGUGUCCAACGUGACUGUGAGCCCCGGGCAGACUGUACUGCUUCGCUGCCGAUUUAAAAAGUAUCAGCCUCCGCACCCAGUGUGGGAGAGACGCGGUGAAACACUGGAUGCCACCAGAUUCGGCUGCAAUGACAACAUAAAGAAGGAGAUCUGCAUAAAAAAUGAUUCACAUGGCGGUUAUCAGAUGGCCUACCUGUUCAUCGAAUCACUUGGUGUGAAACACAGCGGCAUGUAUACCUGCAGGACUCCCGGAAAUGAAAUGAAAUCUGUUCACAUUAAUGUCUCGGGCAAGAGCAUCUUGUCGGUGCAGCUGAAUGACACGCACACAGUUUUAACGACAAAUGUAGACAGCUCCUGUUUGCAGGCCAGAUUGUCCUACCACCCUGCGCUCCAGCGCUGCACCUGGGAGGCUCCUGAUGAACAAAAGAGGAAGUGCAAGGAGGAAUCUUGGGUAACAAAACAGAGGACUGUAAUGCUAUGUGGUCAACUCAAAACGGGAGAAUAUAAGUUACACGUUCUUGCUGGAGGACGGGAAGAAACAAAGGUCAUGUCAGUGUGUGUGGCAGAUGAGCCACAUUUCCAAUGCAGUUUUAACAAUAUUGGUGAUGAUUUCACCUGUGAGACUUCAAGUCCUGUGCCAGCAACUUAUUAUUGGAUGUCUCGUUCGUCGUCCAACAACAGUUGGAAUGCCGACUCUAACUGGGAAAUGCUACCAAAGUCCUCACAAACAGACUUUGAUCAGUCUUGUAACAAGACAAUCAAGAGUUCACUGAGCACCAAACUUGCUGCAUCACAAUUAAAGUUUUGUCUCACAAAUUCACUUGGCUCCUGGUGCAGCGACCCAAUGUACGUUCGCCCGACAGAACCCAAACCCUACAGAGGUGUUUCAGAUCAAACUGAAGACGACUUAAUGGUUCUGAAAGUAGGCAGUUUGUUCCUGCUUCUUGCUCUGACAGCAGUCAGCUUGGUGCUUGUGUACUUUGUCAGCAAGAAGAAACCUAAGUAUCAGCCUCAGCUUCAGAUGAUCCAGAUGGUUGGACCAAAUGAUAAUGAUUACAUCUACAUCAACUUCAAGGACUUCCAAUAUGACAAAAAAUGGGAGUUUCCCAGAGAGAACCUGGAACUAGGUAAGGAACUGGGCUCUGGUGCAUUUGGCAUGGUCAUCCAGGCAACAGCUUAUGGCAUCAACAGUCCUGGCGUCUCACAUCAGGUGGCGGUCAAGAUGCUGAAAGAGAAAUAUCAGGCAGCGGAGAAGGAGGCUUUGAUGUCAGAGCUCAAGAUGUUGACUCACAUCGGUCAACAUGUCAACAUUGUUAAUCUGCUUGGAGCGUGCACAGACUCAGGACCAAUAUACCUGAUUUUCCAGUACUGCUACUAUGGAGACCUGCAAAACUAUCUGAAGAACAACAGUGUGCGCUACCACAAGUCUGUGACUGAUGCUUUCAACAACGACCGCUUCAGCAACCUGUACCACAAUCUGCAGAGCAGCAAAGGCUCCAGUGAGCGUGAAACAUCAGUGGACCCCUAUGUGCCCAUGUUCAGUUGUGUCACGAGGGGGCAUGAGAACAUCGCCCUUCUCACCCUGAGCUCCAGUACCAUGGAUGGCUAUGAAGACCCAGAGAUCUAUGAAGAACCUGAAGACCAAACAGACCUACAAGCUCUGACCUUUGAUGACCUGUUGAGCUUUGCCUACCAGGUGGCCAAGGGCAUGGAGUUUCUUUCCUCCAAGAAUUGCAUCCAUCGGGACCUGGCAGCUCGAAACGUGCUCGUGACAAAAGGCAGGCUUGUGAAAAUUGGCGACUUUGGACUGGCUCGAAACAUUGACAGUGACUCCAACUACGUCGUGAGAGGAAAUGUGCGUUUGCCAGUAAAGUGGAUGGCACCAGAAAGCAUCUUUCAACGGACGUACACCGUGCAGAGCGACGUCUGGGCUUAUGGCGUUCUCCUCUGGGAAAUCUUCUCACUCGGUGUGACGCCAUAUCCAGGGAUGAAGGUGGAUCAAAAAUUCUACUCCAUGAUUGAAAGAGGAUUUAGGAUGGAGUGUCCAUAUUACAGCAACGACACUGUUUAUGCCAUGAUGUGUGAUUGUUGGGCCCUGGAGCCGCACAACCGUCCUUCUUUCUCCACACUGGUGGCUUUUAUGGCGAAGCAGUUGAACGACAGGGAGGAGAAGCUUUACCAUAACACGAUAGACCAAAUCUCCACUGACCACCACAAUGAGGCAGCCGUUCUGGACAUUGAAGCCUUGACAAAACAAAAUGAGAAUAAAUCUCAGCAAGCCAAUGAGUACUGCCAGACAAAAACAUCAGUGGUUGAAUCAGACACGGUCACAGAUGAAGACAAAUAUCUGAAGUCACCCAGUACAGAGCGAUCACCUGCUACUGAAUGCAUGGAACCAUAGGCCUCGAUGUCUUCACUGAAGGCAGCUUUCACACCAUUAUUGUUGUAUUUUUAAUCUGUUAGCAUAUUACUGUCACUGUUACUGCCAGGAAAUACAGUAUAUUGCUUGUAUUGCCAACAGUACCCUUCAGUGACCACCAGGACGCUGUGGUUAGAACGAAGCUUCACAAGCAGCUUGAUAGGCCUGGUUGCCUUUUUUAUUUUGCAUAGCAAAAGAUUUAAACAUAACCCAAAAUACUAGGAGAUUCAUUGGUCCUCACCUGCACCUAUCAACACCCAAAUUUUCUGGGUUGAAUAUGCAGUAGUUGUUGCCAGGGCUGGACUGGCAUCUGAAAAGGGCCCGGGCACUUUUUGAUCACCUGAGGGUCCAGCGCCGUUAUAUAGACGAUAUAUAUAUAGGCCUAUAUAUGAUGUCUGGAAGCAUAUGCUAAAGAAGAAUGUAUGUGAAGUUCUGUGUAUGUAUGUUUUUGAGGGUGAGAGAGAAGAGGAUAAGGUCACUAACUUUUUUUUCCCUGAUUAUGAGCCCUGAUAUGAGCCCUGGCCAGUGAAUCUCAAUGCGAAAAAAAAAUACAUAUAUAUUCAUACCAUUUUCCUUAAGCAAAAACUGAAAACGGAU